UGUUCUUCGUUUUCGAUUUCAUCUUCCUUUUGUUGUACCCAAUUCGUAUCGAUCGGAGCUUACCUGUUCCGAUCUCGAUGCGAGACUUCACGAUUCAGUGGUAACAUCGUAAACCCUAGCUAUCGGAGCUGCUCACUCCCCCCCCCCCCCACAAAAAAAACCUCGAGAAGUUUCAAGUAACGAAAAUGGCUUUGGUAGCGGCUCUGGAGGCGGAUCUUCGCACUCUCUCCGCGGAGGCACGGAGGAGGUAUCCCGCCGUGAAAGACGGAGCUGAGCACGCAAUUUUGAAGCUUCGUUCAUCAUCUAGUGCAAGUGAUCUUUCGAGCAAUGAUGAUAUUCUUCGGAUCUUUUUGAUGGCUUGUGGGGUCAGAAAUACUAAACUUAGUGUUAUAGGACUCUCCUGCUUGCAGAAGCUUAUAUCUCAUGAUGCAGUUGAACCAUCAUCUCUAAAGGAAAUACUUACUACCUUGAAAGAUCAUUCAGAAAUGGCAGAAGAAAAUAUCCAACUAAAGACUCUACAAACUAUACUGAUAAUAUUCCAAUCUCGCCUACAUCCAGAAACCGAGGAUAAUAUGGUUCUGGCACUAAGUAUCUGUCUCAAGCUUCUUGAUAACAACCGACUUCCUAGUGUUUACAAUACUGCUGCAGCUACAUUUAGGCAAGCAGUUGCGUUGAUUUUUGAUCAAGUGGUUUCCGCUGAGUCCCUUCCUAUGCCUAAAUUUAGCUCUAGCAGUCACACAGCAAGGACUGGCUCCGUGACAGGAGAUUUGAGUCAGAAUAUCAAUAAUUCAGAGCCCUUGGAGAAAGAUGUCAUCUCUGGUCGAUUGACAAUGAGAGACACCCUGAGCGAAACCGGUAAACUUGGUCUGCGGUUGCUUGAGGACCUGACAGCCUCAGCUGCAGGUGGAUCUGCAGCUUGGUUGCAUGUUACUUCUCUUCCGAGGACCUUUUCCCUCGAACUAAUUGAGUUUGUUUUGUCAAACUAUAUCUCGGUUUUUAAGAUACUACUUCCCUACGAACAGGUUUUGCGUCACCAAAUCUGUUCCCUUCUGAUGACAUCACUUCGGACCAACUCGGAGCUCGAGGGAGAAAUGGUUGAACCUUAUUUCCGCCGGUUGGUGCUGCGGUCAGUUGCUCAUAUUAUUCGACUGUAUAGUUCGUCUCUCAUUACAGAAUGCGAGGUGUUCCUAAGUAUGCUCGUGAAAGCUACAUUUUUAGAUUUGCCAUUGUGGCAUCGCAUUCUUGUUCUUGAGAUUUUGAGGGGGUUCUGUGUUGAGGCAAGAACAUUACAGAUCCUUUUCCAGAAUUUUGAUAUGCACCCUAAAAAUACAAAUGUUGUGGAGAGCAUGGUCAAAGCACUUGCUCGAGUUGUAUCUAGCAUACAGUUUCAGGAGACGAGUGAGGAAAGUCUAGCAGCUGUUGCUGGGAUGUUUAGUAGCAAAGCUAAAGGAAUUGAAUGGAUUCUUGAUAAUGAUGCUUCUAGUGCGGCUGUUCUCGUUGCGAGUGAAGCUCAUGCAAUAACUUUGGCAAUUGAAGGCUUACUUGGAGUUGUUUUUACAGUUGCUACAUUAACAGAUGAAGCGGUAGACACUGGAGAGCUUGAAUCCCCCAAAUAUGAGCUUCAUCCUUCGUCUGAUAAUUGUACUGGGAAAACCUCGCAUCUCUGUAUGUCAAUGGUAGACUCAUUGUGGCUGACUAUACUCGAUGCAUUUUCCCUAAUUUUAUCAAGGUCACAAGGUGAGGCAAUCGUAUUGGAGAUACUGAAAGGAUAUCAAGCAUUUACUCAGGCAUGUGGCGUUCUUCAUGCUGUAGAACCCUUGAACUCUUUUCUUGCAUCACUUUGUAAAUUUACCAUCGUUUUGCCGACUGAUGCGGAAAGGAAAAGCAGUAUCGUACAGUCUCCUGUGUCCAAACGUUCUGAAGUACAAGUGGAACAGAAAGAUGUCAUUGUUCUAACCCCCAAGAAUGUUCAGGCAUUGAGAACACUCUUCAACAUCGCUCAUAGGUUGCAUAACGUAUUGGGCGCAUCAUGGGUGCUGGUUCUUGAAACUCUGGCAGCCCUAGAUCGAGCAAUUCAUUCUCCUCAUGCAACCACCCAGGAGGUCGCAACUGCAGUCCCAAAGCUCACCAGGGAGCCUUCUAGGCAGUACGCUGAUUUUAGCAUUCUCUCUUCUUUAAAUUCUCAACUUUUUGAAAGCUCGGCUCUGAUGCACGUGUCUGCUGUUAAAUCGCUUCUUUCUGCACUCCAUAUGCUGUCCCAUCAAUCCAUGACAGAAACUUCGGAGAGUGUUUCAUCAGCUUCAAGUAAAAAAAUUGGGAGCAUCAGUUUUUCGGUGGACAGAAUGAUAUCUAUUCUCGUUAAUAAUCUUCAUAGAGUGGAACCACUAUGGGACCAAGUGGUUAGCCACUUUCUUGAGCUCGCUGUACACUCAAAUCCAAACUUGAGAACUAUGGCGCUUGAUGCCCUGGAUCAAUCCAUAUGUGCUGUCUUAGGUUCAGAGCAAUUUGGAGAAGAUCCGCCCAGAUCAAGAGAUUCAACUCUGGAUGUAGAAUCAAAGUCAACCGAGUUGAAGUCAGUUGAGUGUGUUGUACUAUCUUCUCUCAGGGGUCUUUACUUUUCUGCUCAAAAGUCGGAUGUUCGAGUUGGUUCAUUAAAAAUUCUUCUUCGUGUACUGGAGAGAUGUGGGGAAAAGUUGUACUAUAGCUGGCCUGGCAUUCUUGAAAUGUUGAGGUCUGUUGCUGAUGCAUCAGAGAAGGAUUUGGCGACCCUUGGAUUCCAGAGUCUCCGGGUUAUUAUGAGUGAUGGACUUCCUACUCUUCCGAAAGACUGUCUCCAUGUGUGCAUUGACGUUACCGGAGCUUACAGUGCACAGAAGACUGAUUUGAAUAUAAGUUUAACAGCCAUUGGCCUGUUGUGGACUUUAACUGAUUUCAUAGCAAAGGGGCUUCACCAUGGGUGUCUAGUGGAGAAAGGAUCGGGAUUCAGUAAUGUUGAUACCUCUCCACAGCAAACAAAUGGUGAGGGUGUGGAAGAGCAUGUGGUUAGCAAUUACAACAAGCCAGAUUUUGAAGCUAGAAUUCAAAUAGUCAAUCAUGAGAAAUUGUUGUUUUUAGUCUUUUCAUUAAUUCAGAAACUCGUAGAUGACGAUCGACCAGAGGUGAGGAAUUCAGCUGUCAGGACGUUUUUUCAGAUUUUGGGAAGUCAUGGGAACAAACUUUCUAAAAGCAUGUGGGAGGAUUGUCUGUGGAACUAUAUCUUCCCGAUGUUGGAUAGCGCCUCUCACAAGGCUGCAACAUCAUCAAAGGAUGAAUGGCAAGGGAAAGAAAUAGGUACUCGGGGAGGGAAAGCAGUGCACAUGCUUAUACAUCAUAGUCGCAAUACAGCCCAGAAGCAGUGGGAUGAAACAUUUGUGCUUGUCCUUGGAGGAAUAGCCCGCCUCUUCCGUUCCUACUUUCCUCUUCUUGAAAGCUUACCCAACUUCUGGUCAGGAUGGGAGUCUUUACUUGCUUUUGUUAAGAAUAGCAUUUUCAAUGGAAGUAAAGAGGUAUCACUUGCAGCGAUAAAUUGUCUGCAGACAGCUGUUGUGUCCCACUGUGUCAAGGGCAAUUUGCAACUCCGAUAUCUUAAUUCGGUCAUGGAUGUGUAUGAGCUUGUUUUCCAGAAGUCAUCGAGUUACACAGGUGACACAGCAACCAAGGUGAAACAAGAGAUUCUGCAUGGUUUAGGUGAGUUAUAUGUGCAAUCACUGAAGAUGUUUGAUGAUAAAAUGUACAUGCAAUUGUUGGGAAUUGUAGAUUUGGCUAUAAAACAGGCCAUCAUAAGUAGCGAGAGUUUUGAAACUGAAUUUGGACAUGUCCCCCCUGUACUACGUCAUUUCUUGGAGAUCUUGCCCUCUUUGGGUCCUCCUGAGCACCUUUCACCAAUGUGGCUAAUCCUGCUAAGAGAGUUUUUGGAUUAUCUUCCACGGGUUGAUUCUGCUCUGCCAAAUGAGGAAGGCAGUGAAGUAUCCGAACAGAAAGCUGAUGUUUUGUCUGACAAAACAAUUCCAACCCCAAGAAUUACGAGUAAUAUGUUUGCAGAAAAGCUGAUCCCUGCUCUGGUGGAGCUUCUCCUUCAGGCUCCUGCAGUUGAAAAGUAUAUUCUGUUUCCGGAAAUCAUACAAAACCUGAGAAGGUGCAUGAUGACAAGACGAGACAAUCCAGAUGGUUCACUCUGGAAGGUAGCAGCUGAAGGCUUCAACCGUUUACUUGUUGAAGAUGUUAAGAUAUGUUCUGCGGGUGGUGACACAGACCUGAAAAAUAGCAAAACUGCUCGAAUGCGCAUUUGGAAAGAAAUUGGAGAUGUGUACGAGAUAUUCCUUGUUGGUUAUUGUGGACGUGCACUUUCUUCAAAUUCUCUCCCUGCAGCAGCGCUUAAGGCCAAUGAAACCCUCGAGAUUGCCUUGUUAGAUGGUCUUGGUGAUGUUAUUCUUAAGUCGACCGUCGAUGCACCCCGAGAAGUCUUGGAGCGGCUUGUUUUAACCCUAGACCGCUGUGCAUCACGUACAUGCUCGUUGCCUAUUGAAACUGUUGAGCUGAUGCCUGCCCACUGUAGCAGAUUCUCCUUGACAUGCUUACAAAAAUUAUUUUCCUUGAGCAGCUUUGAAACUGAGAACUGGCACCCAACAAGAGCAGAAGUGAGCAGGAUCUCAAUCACCACGCUGAUGGAAAGAUGUGAAUUCAUUUUGAGUAGAUUUUUAAUCGACGAAAAUAACGUUGGCACUCGUCCAAUCCCAACUGCUAGACUUGAAGAGAUUAUCUUUGUCCUUCAAGAACUUGAGCGCCUCACCAUUCACCCAGAGUCUGCUUCGGUUCUUCAAUUGCGACCCUCUCUGAAAACCAUACUACAAGAAGAUAACCGUGACUCCCGUGCACACCUACUUGUCCUUUUCCCCUCGCUGUGCGAGAUUGUGUUAUCAAGGGAAAUGCCGGUGAGAGAGCUAGUGCAAGUUUUAUUACGAACAGUUGCGACCGAGUUAGGUCUGAAAAAGGUUAGCCUAUCCAGUUGAUGGCAACAUAUGGCAAUGUCACCCAGAAGAUUUGAGCUUUAAACUUUUUCUUGUUAUAGAUUCUUUAGAAAUUUUGGUUGUAUACCACUUAGGUUGUAAUUUUUUUGUGUUUUGGCUUGUGCUGAUUUAUUGUGUGCUGUUUUAUCAUCUCUCUCUGUGCUCAUGGACUGUUGUUCAUUCUUUCCCAGUGAGGAUACAAUGCACCAUUCUCCGAGAAUUUGUGUUGAUCCUGACAAAAGUGUUCUGUUUGAUAGUUGAAACCGGUCCGGACCAGUCCUACCUUGCUGGUCGUUUACUUGAUCCCUGUUUACCA